AAAUGUCCAAUUUCCCACUAAAACCCCCCAAUAGCUCCGAUCACUCCAGCUCCUACUCAAGCCAGAGUCCAAAUAAGAAGGCAAAGAAGAAGCAUAAGAAGAAGAUGAGAAAGCAGGAGGAACGAGAGAGGGUAAAGAAGAGUAGAGAGGAAAUGGAGCAGGAGAGGAAAGAGGUGGAAGAAAAUUUGGUAGCGCAUGAGAUGCUUAGUAGGAGUGAGGAGUUUGCACCAGAGAAGAUAGGGAUGCUGGAGAAGUAUUGUAAGGUGCAUUAUAAGGCGAAGAAGGAAGGGGUUGAGGAAGAAGAGUUAUCUGAAGGAGAGACUUUGAAAUAUGAAGUAGGGGAUAAAAGCUGGUCAGCUCUCUGGGGUGCUUCUCCAGACGAUGAUGCCUUGACCAAGCUUCAUAACGAGAUUAUUGGAUUUCUAAGAAUUUGCGGUCCUACCCUAAGAAACAUAAAUUUGAGAAAGAAAAUUUUCUUUUUCACUAAGAUGUUUGUUAAAGAAGUCUUGCCAGAUUGUGUCAUCAAAGUUAGUGGAUCUACAGCCAUUAUGACAUAUUUAACUAGAAGCCCUAUUGAUGUUGUCCUCUUCUUUCCGAACAAGACAUCAAGUGAAGCCAAGAAUGCUCAAUUAUUAGUUGAAGCGUCUAAGAAGGAGGAUUGGAUCUACACUUGCACUCUUAUUAAUGGAAAAAUCAAGAAUAGCAAGCUUGUAGUAAACAUUUGAUUUAACAAAGGAGCGGCAAUAACAGUCAUUCCAGUCUUCAAGAAGUUCCUACUCUUUUACCCUGAAUUGAAGUACUUGUUGGUAGUUAUCAAGGCUUUUCUGAAGACAAGGGGACUACACCUAGCUUAUCGUGGAGGAAUGUCAUCCUUUGUCCUUACAAUACUCAUUAUCAGCUAUUUACAGCAGAUUAAAAAGGAAAACUUCGACCGCGACAUUUUAUUAUCAGAGCAUCUAUUCAGUUUCUUCCAUCUUUAUGGAGUGAAAUUUAACUAUGAUGAUCUUGGAAUCUCUAUCCGUGGAGCAGGAGAGUACUUUUUAAGAAGUUCAAGAGAUUGGGUAUCCAAAGACAAAUUCCACUCCACAACACUCUGUGUAGAGAAUCCCCAAGAUAUCUCUAUAGAUGUAGGCAAAGGAGUUUACAAGAUUUACCAAGUCAGAAAUGCAUUUGAGAGUGCUUAUGAAUACAUGAGAUUGAGCGGGCCGGGUAAAGAUAGCCUCCUAAAAGACAUUAUAGGAGAUCUUACUACCAUCUAA